UUACAGUAAGAGUAAGAGUUAGCAGUACUUAAGUUACUGAAUCCACUAAUACUAAUAUAUACCAUACUAUACCAUGUCCUCUGUAGUAUACUAUAAAUUCUUACAUCAAAAAAAUAAGUCAGUGAUUUAUUUUGAUGGUACAGCCAUAAGUGUAUUUGAUUUAAAGAGAGAUAUUAUAUUACAGAAUCAAUUAGGUAGUGGACAAGACUUUAAUUUAAGAUUAUAUCAUUCUGAACAACCGGAUGUUGAAUAUGAACUUGAUCAAGAUGUUAUACCGAGAUCAUCAUAUGUAUUAGCAAAAAGAUCUCCUUCAAUAACUAAAGGUGGAAGAUAUGCUAAUGCUUCAAGAUAUAUUACUGGUAAACCACGAAUUAAUCGAAAAGUUAUAAAUACUACUAAUGCUAAUUCUGCUUUAGGUAAUACUGCUCCAACUACUUUACAACCAUUAGAUGAAAAUGUUUCAGAAGAAGAUCGAAUUAAAAUGAUGUUUGAAAAUCAAUCUAAUGCUUGGGCUCAUACUCAAGAUGAAUUAGCUACUCAUAAAGUUGUUCAUUAUAAACCAAGUGCUACUGGAGGUGUAAAACAAGAAGAUGCACCUCCACCAGGUUAUAUAUGUUAUAGAUGUGGUAAAAAGGAUCAUUGGAUUAAAAAUUGUCCUACCAAUAAUGAUCCUAAUUUUGAAGGUAAAAAGAUAUUAAGAACUACUGGUAUUCCAAGAUCUUAUUUAAAGACUAUAUCUAAAGAAGAAUUAGAAAAACAAGUAGAAUCUAGUCAUUUUACAACUAAUGAUAAUGGUGAUUUAGUAGAUCAAGAAGGUAAUGCUAUUUUACUUACUGAUGAAGGUGAUUAUGCUGUUGCUUUAGCCGAUAGUAAAACUUGGACAACAUAUCAAGAAAAACAACAAAAUGCAGCUAUGAAAGCUCAACAAGAAUUUGAUGCUAAAAUAAUUGAAUCAAUUGAUAAUGAUAAAAAAUAUUUAUAUCUUAAUCCGUUAGGUACUAUCAAAAGAUAUUUAAAGAGUCCUAUAGUAAUGACUCCUUGUUGUCAAGAUGCUAGUAGAUUAAGUAAAUUGAAAAACUUUAAUUAUAAUCAACCAGAAUUAGAAGAAGUAUUAAUUGAUACGGAUUUCCAUUGUCCAAAUUGUGGAACAGAAGAUAUAUAUAUAGAUAAUUUAAUUCCAAAUAAAGAAUUGGAACAAGAAAUUGAAGAAUAUAUCAAUCAAGUUCAAGCUACUUUAGGUCUUGAAAAUCCUUUAAAGAGAAGAGCUGAUGAUUCAGAUGUUGAAGAUAAUGAAGCAAAGAAACAAAAAACAGAUAUAUCUGGUCCAGAACAAAUCACAGGUCCAACUGGUAUUCCAUUACCAACAGGAAUGCCUGUACCACCUCCAGGUAUGCCAUUUAUGCCAAUGCCACCAAUGCCAAUACCUAUGCCAGGUAUGCCUAUGUUUAUGCCUCCUGUUCCUAUGCCUUUCCCUCCUACGAAUCCUAAUGCAAACAAUCCCAACUCAAACCAACAACAUUAAUAGUAAAUAUUAUAUAUGUACAUUGUAAUAAUAUAAUAAUAUAAUUGUAAUUGUAAUUGUAAUUAUACUUUCAUGUAUUUCUUCCUUCUCU